AUGACUAAGCUCCCGGUGCGAAUGCAUUUGAUGUACACUCUGGGUGCCGAUGGCAAGCGUGUCUACACGCUGAAGAAGGUCGUCGAUGGCAAGGUGUCCAAGUCUGCUCACCCUGCUCGCUUCUCUCCCGACGACAAGUACUCCCGCCACCGUGUCACCCUGAAGCGCCGCUAUGGUCUUCUCCUCACCCAGCAGCCUGAGGAGGUUCCUUCAUCUUGA